UUAUUACUACCAGCAGCAGCGUCAGGCAGUAAACCUUUAGAAAAUUCGAAUUAUUUCAGAAAGAACAGUAGAGGGGCAAAAUCAACUCUGAGAUCUCUGAGCUAGUAACUAGCUCUAUGUUCAUUUCGAGGUGAUUCUAAAAGGGAUGAAAUGUCAGGCUCACUGUGUAUACAGUGUCAGACACACACCACAGUGUUUAGUAAGACCUGCAACAGUUGUUUCUUCAACCAUCCAAAAGAGAAGAGGAUGUUACAAGCAAUGAAGAAGUAUGAUUACGAAUGGGGACACAAUGAUUGCAACCAUUAUAAUAAUAGCUCUCAGAUCUUGACUUCCACUAAAGUAUUGCUCUACAAAUUACACACUCUGGGAUUUGUCCCCCUUCUCCUGCUUGGAAAAAAGAGAAGGGGAUCAAAACAUAUUGAUAUGGAUUCCUUUUGCCCUCACCCCGAAGUCAUAAAAGAAACGGGCUCUAUUGAAACAUUGAGAAACAUUUAUUUAGGUCUUCUGAAUGUCACACUCUGCACUGAGUCCCAAUGCCAGUGCUCCCCAGUGUCUCCAGAGCCGGACGGGACCCCUGCACCAGACGAGGUAGAUGGAACCCCUACAACAAUCGAUCCAGUGGGAACCCCUGCACCAACAGAGCUACACGGAAUACCCAUAUCCAUCCGACUGAACAUACAACCCACACCAACAGAGACGGGCAAACCCAACACGCUAAUCAAUCCAGUGGAAACCCCUACAACUAUCAAUCCAGUGGGAACCCCUGCGCCAACCAAGCGAGACGGAAUCCCCAUAUCUUUACGACUGAACCUAAUCCCCACGCCAACCGAGCCAGGCAAACCCUCCACACCAACCAAUCCAGUGGGAAUCCUUACACCAACCAAUCUAGUGGGAACUCCUAUAGCAAUUGAAUCAGGAACCCCUGCACCAAAUAUGCUAUACGGAAUCUCCACAUCCAUCAGCCUGAACAAAAUCGGCACACUAACAGAGCCAGCCAAACACUCCACAUCAACCAAUCCAGUGGGAACCCCUUCACCAGCCGAGCUAGACGGACUCCCCACACCAACAGACCCAGGCAAACCCUCCACACCAACCAAGCUAGACGUAAUCCCCACAUACAUCUGCCUGAACGGCAUCCCCACAUCCAUCUGCAUGAACGGAACCCCCACACCAAUACAGGGCAAAAUUCCCAGACCAAUACAGCCCAAAAUCCCCACACCAAUACAGCCAUGCAAACCCUCCACACAAAACAAUCCAGUGGAAACCCCUACACCAAUGGAUGAAACCUCUGAGUCCUCUGAGCCCCAGGACCAAGAGCUACAAAGGCUAAAAAGAAAAAUGUGGACAGAUGGAGAUCUAAUCGAAGCUGAAGACGGUGCAACCACUCAAGCACAAAAGAGAAUAAAGGCAACCGAAGAGUGGCUGAACAUGGAUACGGACAGGCCCACGGGGUCAAGACAUGCCGAGGUAGACGCUGAAGUAUUAGAUCAACUAGAACAACACGAAGAAGAGUGUCUGAACAUGGAUACGGAUAGGCCCACUGUGUCAAGACAUGCCGAGGUAGACACUGAAGUAUUAGAUCAAUUAGAAAAGAGCAGCAUUGUACAAGCAACCAACAAGCAAACUUUGUGGGCUAUAAACUGCUUCAAGGACUGGCUGGCAGAGAAACAGAUGCUAGUGGAUUUCUCAACCAUUGAGAAAUCUGAAAUGAAUGUCCUCUUGCGAGAUUUUUACUGUUCUGUUCGAAGGGGUAAAGGUGGGGAAUAUUGCAUCCCAAGCUAUAUCGGAAUCCGGGCAGGCGUGAACAGAUUCAUUAACCUCCCUCCCCUUAGCAGAGCCUGGUGCUUGAUGAAGGACAGUGAGUUUACCUCCUCUAAUAAUGUAUUUAUUGGGGUACUAAAGAAAAUCAGACGAGAGGGCAGGGUCAAAACUACCCAUCCUAAGGUGAUUAAAGCACAAGACCUUGAGAUUCUUCAAAACUCUACUGUGCUAAGCCCUUACACCCCCAGAGGACUAGUGAACAAAGUGUGGUUCGAUAUCCAGGUACACUUUGGCCCCAGAGGAAAGGAGGGCAAUAGGUGGUUAACGCCACAGUCGUUUGUAAUAAAGUACGAUGAAAACGGAGCAAAAUAUGCAACAAUGAUUUCCAGAGAAGAAAGACAGAACCAUAAAGAUGCAGAAGAGAAGAACGGGCCGAAUCGCUGUGGAAUCAUGUUUGAGAACCCUGGUAGUCACCUCUGUCCGGUCGCCUCCUUGGAGAAGUAUCUGAGCAAGAUCCCGUCAGAUGCCACCGCCCUCUACCUCCAUCCUAAGAAGAUGGUCAUCACCAGUGAUAGCAUAUGGUAUAGCCAGGAGCCAAUGGGGUUCAACUACCUUUCAUCAAUGCUGCCCCGACUGUGCCAGGAGGCUGGUACACUGGAAAAGUACACAAACAACUGCUUCCGAUCUUUGCGCGAGAUCAUGUCUGUCAGCAGGUACAAGACUGAUAGUUCCUUGAAAAGUUAUUGAAAACCUUCAAUGGACAACAUAAAGAGAUCUCAAAUAGGCUCAAUGUGAGUCAGUUUUACUUCCACUUUUUGGUCUUAUAUUCAUAACACAAAUGGAGCGCUUGACAAGAUGCAUACAGCGCCAAACGUCAGCCUCGAAACCUUAAUGACUUGGAGAAGAUCUGCAAAGAGGAGUGGAACAAAAUCCCUCCUGAGAU